CGUGGAAGCUUGGGGGAAUAUUCAUCCGUGGUUUCCAGAAAUUAAGUAUCCAAGUUGGUCAGGCUUUUUCGGAGGAAAAUGCGUGUCCAUAGACGGAUUUUUGACUUGAUAUUUACUCGUUCCGGAUGGGGCUUUACCAUUUCAUGUUAGCCCAAGAGAAACUUUACAGUUGCAAACCGCAUCGGGCUUUAUAUAUUAAUGCAACAAUAAUCUUUAGAAAUAACGUUACAUUAUAUUGAGUGCGAGUCGCUGAGGGGCGCGCGGGUCUUAAGUUGCUGAUGGGUGUGUGCACUUGAGUGACAUUGAUGCCGGAUUGAUUUUUAACAUUAUCCCUCCCAGGGAAUCUAUACACGAUCGCUGGUUUGGUGAUCUUUUUGUGGCACUUGUGCGAUUGAAGUGAAUGAUGCCGACGAGGGAGAUAACGACACGUCCUGUGGGUCCAGACAAAAGGCCCCUCGGCAGGUGGAUCCAUCUGCUCCUCCUGAGCAACCGCUCGUGUGUGGCUCGUGUACAGCAGAGAUCCUCCCUGGUUACGGGGAUGGGAUGCGUAAAGUUUAACCCAGGCUUUGGGUUUGGCCUCUGAGACAGAUGGCUGGAAAGAAACUGUGUGGACACACACACAAACACACACACACACACACGCACACGCAGACAAGGAUUAUAGUGUCGUCCACUUUACAUUGAGUUGAGGAUCUGCAUUCAUAUUCAUGUAUUCUGCAUGAACGUGCCAUUGAUGGCUGGGUGUCCAUCUUAAAGUCACAACUUUGCUGCUGUGCCUUUUCACAAGGCGCUCCACAGAGUGAGAUUUAGGGAUCCACUCUGGAGUGAUGCUUCCUGUGGUGUGGGUAUCCCUGGAAUGUUGGACGCAUUUUCCUUGGAUGCUAAUUUACCGAUAUCGGGUGACACAUAAACAGAGAGAUUUGCCUACAUUUACAACCAAAGCGCACGCACACACACACACACACAUAACCAAGCUGACCCACAGCAGAGUGUGUGUUUGCGCGUGUCCACUAGUUAGCAGCCAGUGCCACACACGCACUGUGUGCUUUGCUGUGCAUGUGUGGAGAACCACAAAAUGCACUGAGGAAUUUGGGCGCUGCUGCAAGAAGCUAAAUAGUAGCUUUCACUUGACAUUCAACGCCUGCUGUCAGAGAAGAGGAGAGGUUUGUUUACACGCAAGAUCACAACAGUCGCUUUUAGUAUUCACACACACAGGUGACGAAUAAAAAAAACAUGCAAGGAAAAACAUAAAAGAUUCUUUUGAACACGAGGUGUCACAUAAUGGCUUGACGAAUAUGUUGAAAAUCUUUCGCGUUUUAAUCUUUAUUGAACCCAUUAAUAUAUAUAUAUAUAUAUGUAUAAUAUAUGUGUGAUUCGCAGUGUGCAACAUCAAGAGAUGUUCAAUCCUCCCUCCGGGUUAAUCUGGCCCCCCAACACCUUUUAAUGAGGAUUUUAGAGUUCAGUUCAUUUAUUCCUGUUGUGUGUCAGAGACAGAGAGAGAACAACAGAAGGCGUAAGAGACAUACUGAUCAUUACAGCUGCUGUUAUCUGACCUCCCAGCUUACAGGUUUCCUCCUCAAACACACAAUUAACGCUGUGAAAGCGACGUUAUCCAAGAUGAGGUCAACUUUGUUUUGUCUUUCUCUUAAUUUUAAGGAUGAUGUCUGCUGUGUGAAGUGUGUUAUGUCUGGACGCCGUGACUAUGACGGGACCCAGCUGAUGAAUCACAGGACGCGGUGGACGGAGAGCGGGAUGGCUAAUACCUUAAAAGAUGAGAAGAUGAAUGUGGAGGCCCUAAGCAGAGCAGAGCUACUGACUCUCCUCAGUGUCCUGGAAGGAGAGCUGGAGGCCCAGGAUGUGGUCAUACAUGCCCUCAGGGCUCAGCAUAGAGAUGCUUUCGUGCAGGAGCGCUACGGCGAGUAUGACCUCAGCGACCCCUUCCUGGCCCUGCAGCGGGACAGCGAGUCCUCCGAGCGCCAGAAUACGCUCACCCAGUCCCACGCACACCGGCAGGGUCGGGCGGUGGGACCGAACCCUCUGGCGGUGCUUAAACUGGUCAUGGCUCACUGCAAGAAGAUGCAGGAGAGGAUGAUGGGACAGCUGGCUUCUGCUGAGAGCAGACACAGGAGGAUGAUAGCUGAUCUGGAGGAGGAAAAGCGGCAGCGUGCUCGGGAGUCUGCACAGAAUGACGACUUCACCUUCAUGCUGCAGACAGAGAGGGAAAAACUGCUGCAACAGCUGGAAGUGGAGCGUGCGACAGUGCAGAAGUUAGAGAAGGAACAGGAACAGGCCGUCAGCCAGGUGGUGGAGUCACUGUCCCAGCAGCAACAGCUCUCAUCAAACCUGACUCUGGAGCUCCAAAAGGCCAGCAGCCAGGCGCAGGAGGAGGCUCAGAAGGUCUCCCGACUUCGCGCUUUGCUCCAGGAGGAGACCAGUGCCCUGGAGAAGCUCCAGGGGUUGCUGGAAGGUGAGAAGAGCAGGGCAGCGCAGCUAAAGGAGAGGUCUGAAAGGCAGCUGGCCGAGUUUGACGCAGAGCGAGAGGAGAUGAAAGCCCGGAUCGGCAAAGAGCAGGAGAGGAGCAGGGAGCUCGCGAGCCAGCUGGAGGAGCUGAGGUGGAGGUUGACUGAAACGGGAGGCGGUAAAGACGGGGUAAAAGAGGCUGAGAGGGACGGGAAAGAUCCACGUCCCUCGGUGGUGUCCACAUCUGUUCAGACUGAGCCAGAUGGAAAGAUAACGGUCGCCCCGAAAUCAUCUUCCUCACUACCGAAGGCCAACGGCCAUCACGCUCAUAAAGAGUCCGAACCCACGCAGGAGGGGAGAGGACCAGAGAGCGGAGGGGUGGUAGAGAACGGGGGAGGUGCACUUUUGCAUUCCCCUCUUCACCCUCACCCGCACCCUCACUCUCCUUCCAGCACGGCCUCCUCUUCCCUCUCCUCCUCGCCCAUCUCCUCGCCCGUCAUGGCCAAGCGGCUGGGCAGCCCAGGCUUCCACCAGUCCUCCUACCAGGCGGGCGUCAACCAGCGAUUCCACGCCGCCAGGCACAAGUUCCAGAGCCAGGCUGAGCUGGAGCAGCAGCUGCAUGGUGGCCCUCUUUCCCCCCGGGACCUUUCCCCCACCACCUCCUCCAUCCCUCCCCCACUGGAGCACAGCUCAGCGAAGCAGCUGGCGCGCAACACCGUCACCCAGGUGCUGUCGCGCUUCACCAGCCAGCAGGCCGGCGCCAAGCUGGCGACAAUCAGCAGCUCUCCGUUCGGCACGGACUACCGCAACCUGGCAGCAACUCCUCCGGGGGGGAGGUCUCCUUCCUCGGGGCCUCUUUCUCCGGGCAUCCGCUCCCCGCUCACUCCGCGCUCAGAGAGGACCCACGCUCCUCCGAUUCCCCCCAAGAAGCCCGGCAUGAGUCCAACCCCGGGCUCCCCGAGUCACUCUGCUCGGACCAGCCUCUUCCCGGAACUGACAGGGAACUGUGGACACGGCAGCAGCGGGCAGGAAGGAGCUAAAGAACCCGACCUGGUUUUGUCUUCCGGCAGCUAACGGCCAGAUCAUACGAACUAACCGCUAAAGAAGUCGCUCCCGAAUCGACAGUCACCGUAACCGCGAUUUUUGCCAGCCUUUAAAUCCACUUUAUAGCACUAGUGAUCAGAAGGAGACUUCAAAGCUGGACUGGUUCAAACAAAUGCAUUCGAGAGUUUGUCACCUAAAACAACCACAAAAUAACUUAAUAAAUCUUAUUAUACUAUAUUUUAAGUUGAUUAAAUAAAAUUCCAUAAAUAUUCCUAGCUUUACUCUUUUAUAUAUGUUUUUUCUACGUUCUCUUUUACUUUUAUUAUAUAUUAAGAAACCAUGCCUAUGAAUACAACAAGCUAAAGACCUGUUUGGUUUUGAAGAAAGACUUUUUAACAAGAUCUUACAGUACAACACUCCUUUUUUAAAUUCUAACAUGAUGCGUUAUUUGAGCAUGAAGAGAAAAGAAAUGAAGACUUAAGUCAGAAGCGACACUGUAUAGCAAGUCAAAGGCUGAAAUAAAUGGAUGUAGAGUGUAGCAAAUGUGUACAUAACACCAUUAACUAGUGAGUAGUUUUAAAAUGUUUCUCCAAUCAAUCCGUAUGCCGUCCCUGCAGACAUCCUGAGACAGUCUAUGAAAACACUAUAAUACUGUAAAUAGUAUAGUAGUAGUAGAAUUCACAGUUGAUUCUUUGUGAUUGAACACAUGCAAACGCUGUUUUCUUUCUUGAACACUUGUCAUUAAUACACUGAAUAUUGUCCUUAAAUCGGGCACACUUUUUACAACAUUACUGUAAGAUAUUCUACGUCAACAAUUUAUAUUAUUUUGAUUCAGGGAAGUUUAACUUCUGCCUUACUCAAACCAAGGACUGUGUCACGAUUAUGUGACAACUCUUUGGGGACAUUUCCUCAAUGGACAUGAUGGGGACAAAAAGGUUUGAAUCUUGCUACUUUAACUGUUUCUAGAGGGACUGUCGAAACAGCUGACAUUGUGUUGUGUGACACAUGUUUGUUUUAGGUUUACUGUUCUUUUUUAAAAUCUUUAAAAUCAAGAAUUUAUUAAUCAAUUUAAGUCUGUAGAUUUAUACACUGUUUGUGAGAGGCAAUGUCCAACAGUCUCUUAUAAUAAAUAUGCAUAUCAUGAACACCU